UUCCAUACAUUUAUCAUUAUUUUUCCAAAUGGCCAAGCUUGUGACCAUAGCCAAGAAGAAAAAUGGCAUUGUAAAGCUCAAGACCGCUGUUGGGAAGCUUCAAAGAAGCCUCUCUUUAGGUCGGAGGUCCGAUUCUGGUCAAGAUGAAUGUGAUUACGAAGUUGGGGAUGACGAAUCGACUCCGGUACCAGAAGAUGUCAAAGAAGGACAUUUUGCGGUCGUUGCAGUUGAUGCUGAGGAGCCGAAACGGUUUGUUGUUCCAUUGAGUUGUUUGACAAACCCAACAUUUUUGAGACUUCUAGAGGCAGCAGCAGAGGAGUAUGGAUUUGAUCACGAGGGGGCAUUGACGGUGCCUUGUCGACCGAGCGAGCUCGAGCGAAUCUUGGCAGAGGAAUGGGUGGAGGAGGAGGAGGAGAAUGGGUGCAUUUGGGGAUAGUGAUUUGGAGAAAUUACCAUAACCACGGGGUUUUUGAAGCUAUUGAAAUGACCCAAGAAGAUAUCAAGAGGUUGUUUUUUUCGUGGCUUCAAAUCUUCAUGGCUUUGUAAAACUUUUUACCAAAUGGAAAAUUUGGUAUUUUGAGAAUGGCUAAUAAUUAAAGUUAAUAGCCAUUUGAUAACAUGUUCAUUAUUCUCAGUUGUGUUGUGCUCAAUUUGGUGUGAUUUUACUCUCAAGUGUAAGU